AUGGAGAAUGAGGAAAAUGUGAAUUUGGGAAACAUCACAAGAGUAACUCACUUCAUCCUGCUGGGUUUCACUCAUCUUGCCCAACUCCAGCUUUUACUCUUUGUGGUAGUUCUCUUGAUCUUCACAGUCACUAUGAUAGGAAACAUUCUCAUUGUCCUCAUUGCAACUGUUGACCCUGCCCUUCAUACACCCAUGUACUAUUUUCUUAAGAAUUUAUCUUUGAUUGACAUCUGCUACAGCUUAGAUAUUGUGCCAAAAAUGUUGAUAAAUUUGUUGUCAGAAAGGAAGACCUCUUCUUUCACAGCUUGUGCUUUGCAAUUGAGCUUGGUUGUACUCUUUAUCACAUCUGAGUGUUUCCUGUUAGCGAUCAUGGCGUAUGACCGAUAUGUAGCAAUUUGCCAUCCAUUACACUAUGCUACCAUAAUGACCAAAAAGACAUGUAGGCAAAUGUCAGCAGUAGUUUGGCUGUCUGGAUUCCCUGUAGCAGUUGGGCUCACUGGCUGGCUAUUCAGCAUGCCUUUCUGCAAAUCAAAUGAAGUAAACCAUUUCUUCUGUGACAUCUCACCUGUACUGAAAUUGGUGUGCUUGGAUACCUACAUAUUCGAACUUCUGGUGUUCAUUGCCACUCUACUUAUUAUGGUGCUGCCCUUUAUCCUAAUCACUGUCUCCUACAUCUGCAUUAUCUAUACCAUUGUCCAGAUGCCUAUGGCUGAAAGCAGACAAAGGUUAUUCUCUACAUGUUCUGCUCACCUUGUGGUUGUUACUCUCUUUUACUGUACAACCUGCUUAAUUCAUUUACAUCCCAAAUCAAACCUGUCACCGAAUGAUAAAAAGCUUGUGUCUCUUUCCUACACAAUCAUUACACCGAUGCUCAAUCCCAUCAUCUACAGCCUCAGGAACAGUGAUGUAAAAGAAGCACUAUGGAGAGCUUUUGGCAUAAAGAUAUCAUCAGGAAGACUCACAUUAUAA